AUGCCGGCAUUGCCCAACAAGCCUUACACACUCACUAGAGUUCUUACUCUUCUCUUCUUCAUUGCAUUUACUUUGGCCCAUGAAGCCACUGCUAACAAAAAGCAUUAUAUAGUUUACAUGGGGCACCACUCUCACCCCAACUCUGAAUCUGUCAUCAGAGCAAACCAUGAGGUUCUUGCUUCAGUCACUGGAAGUAUUGUUAGAGCACAAGAUGCAGCACUUCACCAUUACAGUAAAACUUUUCAAGGCUUCUCAGCCAGGCUUACACCAGAGCAAGCUCAACAACUUGCAGAAAGUGAUUCAGUUGUUUCUGUGUUCGAGAGCAAAACAAAUCGUUUGAGCACAACACAUUCCUGGGAUUUUCUAGGCCUAGACUCUAUUCCCCAAUACAAUCAAAUGCCAAUGGAUUCAAAAUCCAAUGUCAUUUUCUGUUUUGCAGGAGUUUGGCCAGAGUCAGAGAGCUUCAGUGAUAAAGGAUUAGGGCCUGUGCCGGAGAAAUUCAAAGGAGAGUGUGUUACUGGCGAGAAUUUUACAUUGGCCAACUGCAACAGGAAAAUCAUUGGCUCCCGCUUUUACGUUCAAGGAUUUGAAGUAGAGAAUGGGCCUCUUGAGUCCUUUGCGCCUCUUCCUUUUUUCCGAUCAGCUCGAGAUAGUGAUGGACAUGGGAGUCACACUGGCUCAACAAUAGCUGGAUCUGUGGUACCUAAUGCCAGCUUCUUUGGGAUGGCCAGAGGCACUGCAAGAGGGGGUGCACCGAGCACCAGACUUGCUAUCUACAAGGCAUGCUGGUUUAACUUGUGUAGUGAUGCAGACGUUCUUUCUGCUAUGGAUGAUGCCAUUUAUGAUGGUGUCGAUAUUCUCUCCCUUUCCCUUGGCCCUGACCCUCCACAGCCAACUUAUUUUGAAAAUGCAAUCUCCAUUGGGGCUUUCCACGCAUUCCACAGAGGAAUACUUGUUUCUGCAUCAGCUGGGAACUCUGGUUUCCCAAGUACUGCAUGCAAUGUUGCUCCCUGGAUCCUCACUGUUGCUGCAAGCACUUUGGAUAGGGAAUUCCAUUCAAACGUAUAUCUUGGAAAUUCAAGAAUUCUAAAGGGUUCCUCUUUAAACCCACUGAAAAUGGAAAGGUCUUACGGUUUGAUAGCUGCAAGUGCUGCAGCUCUCCCAGAAGUCACAGCAAAGAAUGCAAGCUUUUGCAAGAACAAUACUCUAAAUGCUAGCUUAAUUAAGGGGAAAAUCGUGGUAUGCACCUUUGAGACCUUCACUGAUAACCGAACGGACAAAAGCAGAGUUGUAAGACAAGGUGGUGGUGUGGGCAUGAUUCUUGUCGAUCCAUUUCUCAAAGAUGUUGGCUUCCAGUUUGUCAUCCCAGGCACUCUAAUUGGUCAAGAAGAAGCACAAGAGCUUCAAGAGUACAUGAUGACAGAAAAGAACCCAGUUGCUAUAAUCUCCCCGACAAUUACAUUUCUGAAAACUAAACCUGCACCAGAAAUGGCAGUGUUCUCAUCCAUGGGGCCAAAUAUCAUAACCCCAGACAUUAUCAAACCAGAUGUUACAGGACCUGGAGUGAAUGUUUUAGCAGCAUGGUCUCCGGUAGCGACUGCUGCAACGGCUGAAAUGUCUGUCAAUUAUAACAUAAUAUCUGGCACCUCAAUGUCUUGCCCACAUGUAUCUGCGGUUGCAGCAAUUUUGAAAUCCUACCAACCUUCCUGGAGUCCAGCAGCCAUAAUGUCUGCAAUAAUGACAACAGCAACUGUCCUUGAUAACAGCAGAAGCACCAUUGGAAGAGAUCCAAAUGGAACCCCUACCACACCUUUCGACUAUGGAUCUGGACACAUUAACCCGGCUGCAGCAAUUGAUCCUGGACUAGUAUAUGAUUUUGAUUCCCAUGACAUUAUCAAUUUUCUCUGCAGCACUGGGGCUAGCCCUUUGCAACUGAAAAACCUCACAGGAAGUCUAGUUUAUUGCCAGAAGUCUCCUACCCCUUCCUACAAUUUUAACUAUCCUUCGAUUGGUGUGUCAAAAAUGAAUGGAAGGGUAUCUGUUCACCGAACUGUUACUUAUUAUGGUAAAGGCUCAACAGUAUAUGUUGCCAAUGUAGAUUAUCCAGCAGGUGUGAAUGUUACAGUUGCACCAUCUAAACUCAAGUUUACAAAAACCGGGGAAAAGAUGUCUUUUAGGGUAGAUUUUGCCGCCUUCAAGAACAGUAAUGGAAGCUUCGUGUUUGGAGCUUUGACAUGGAGCAAUGGUAUUCAAAAGGUUAGGAGUCCUAUUGGUCUCAAUGUGAUUUCAGUAUAGGAACAAGAGUUCUAGAGCUUGUUUUUUUUUUCAAGAUACUAUAUCUAGAUGAUGGUUUGAACUUGUCGAUUAUCCCAUCAAAAGCUACAAGUAGAAUCAAAAGUUCAUGGUCACUUCCUUUCCUGUGGACUUGUAUAUCUAUGGUUUCAGAUUAAAUACAUUCCGAUAUGUAUGAGGCACUGAGAAAUCAUAGU